AAGUACAACACAUCCUUGUUUUUCCGUCUAUAAAAGAAGAGUAGAACUCAAGGGAACUACCACAUAAAAUUCGUCAAUAUAGUAAGGCAAAAACACAUAGUAGAACCAAAGUUGAGAGAUGGCAGACGUGAAGUUGCUUGGACUAUGGUAUAGCCCUUUUUGUCACAGAGUUGAGUGGGCUCUAAAGAUUAAGGGUGUCAACUAUGAAUAUAUAGAAGAAAAUUUAAAAAGCAAGAGUCCUCUUCUUCUUGAAUCCAACCCCAUUCUCAAAAAAGUCCCCGUUCUCAUUCAUAAUGGCAAGCUCAUUUGUGAAUCUAUGGUUAUUGUUGAAUACAUUGAUGAGGCAUUUGAAGGUCCUUCCAUCUUGCCUAAAGACCCUUACGACCGAGCUUUUGCUCGUUUCUGGGCUAAAUUCCUUGAUGAUAAGGCGGCAGCAGUGAUCAACGCUUUCUUUCGCAAAAAAGGAGAGGAGCAAGAGAAAUGUAAAACGGAAGUUUGUGAGAUGCUAAAAGUUCUUGAAAAAGAGCUCAAGGAUAAGAAGUUCUUUGCGGGUGAUAAAUUUGGAUUUGUUGAUAUUGCUGCAAAUGUUGUGGGACUUUGGCUAGGAGUUUUUGAAGAAGUCUCUAGAGUAGUUUUGGUUACAAGGGAACAAUUCCCAAAUUUUUCUGCAUGGAGGGAUGAAUACAUUAACUGCAAACAAAACAAGAAAUAUCUGCCUCCAAGAGAUGAAUUAUUAAUUCCGCAUCUCAAACCUCGCUUUCAAGCUGCAACUGCUCCCAAACGAACACCUGCUUAAUCAUCGUGUCAAGUUUCGACAUUUUUGUGUUCCAACAAAAACAGAGAUGCAAUUUAGGGAGAGUUUCCGUGAGUUCAAUUUAAUAAUUGAUUUUGACUCGAAUUUGUAUUCGUACGCAAAAGAUAUUUAAAAUGCGUACUUGCUCGAUCACCCUUAUUCAUAACUUAUAAAAUGUGUACUUGCUCGAUCACCCUUAUUCAAAACUUAUAAGUCGAUCGAAAUCCUAGAUUGCUAAUGAAUAAAAAUGUUCCUUCUGUUUUAUUGUA